AAACCCUUCAAUCACAGCAGUCUGAAAAAUUAAAGUCAUAGACCGAUGUGACACAUUAGCUUCAUGUCAUUGGCAAGUCUCUUUGUUUUGACAGCAGUCGCAUCCCUUUGACAGCUCAGAUGAGGUUGGUGCUUCAUAUCGACAAAUGGUUGCUUUACAGGAUCAAUAUGGCGGUUUGUUGAGUGAUUGAUAACUUGGAACGAUGGAAAGUAUGCAAAUAGUGUGCGGCCGCGAUCGCUUUGCUAAGUCGUGGAGUGUCGCGGUCCCCCGCACCGCCCCGUGACGCGGCCGGUCCCCUGUAAAUAUGGUGCUUCCUCCCCGGCACCGCUUUGUGCCGACGCCCGAGCCUGACAAAGCCCUCUGAGGGAGCGCCCCAGGCACCAGCAGAAAGCAUCUCUCAAGCAGCCGAUACAAUCCGAAAGCAAGCAGAAAAAUUACAGGAGCCCAUGGCUGUGCCAGGGCCUCUGGGUGUUGCGGCCCAGACCUGGACCGUGUCCUGGGUGUGCCUUGUCCUCGUCACCCUGGGCCGCACCGUUGACGGACAGGAUGUGAAUAGCCCGGGUUCGCUGCAGGGCCUUCCUCCCAGCAAACCCCUCAACCUGACUGUGAUCCCCGCCUCCUGCACCUCCAUGAAGUUGUCAUGGGUGCGACCAGAGGAGGGCGCCGUAGAGGGCUACCGCAUCUACCUCCUGCACGACAACCGAACCGACAGCCCCAGCCCUUCCCUCGCCGACCCGGCGACCCAAUCACCGGUCGAGUAUGAAGUGCAGGGGCUCCAGCCCAAUACCUCGUACAAGGUGUGGGUCAAAGCCUAUUCCUCCCACAACCAAGAAGGUGACCCUUCGGAGGCGCUGGAGAACAGAACUGAUGUCUGUAGACCAAGCGCUCCUCAAAUCACAAUUGCCUCCUGCGAACCUAAUAACUCCCUAUUUCUUGGGUGGAGCCGUCCUGUAAAUUUUACGACGAUUGACUAUUAUUACAUCUCUUAUCGGAGUGAAAAACAUUGGACAUUUGAUGAGAUGAGGCUAGAAGGUGAGACAGCCAACUUGGAUACUAAUGUUACCCUCCCCAAUUUACUGAAUGGCACAAUGUAUGAGGUAAAAGUAAGGGGCGCAUCGAAGAGUGUUAUAGAUGAAUUCAAAGUUAUUCAAGGUGACGAAUCUGAACCACGUAAAGUUUUAGUAUCACCCAAUUGCGACACCAUGACAAUGGUAAUGCAUUCUAACGCACAUGAGCAUGGAAACUUUGGAGCUGGUAUAAUUGUUGGUCUAGUGACUAUUAUUGUUGCUCUUUGCUUGGCAACAGCUGCAUGUGUCAUUUGGAAGAAAUGCUUUCAUGCUAGUUAUUACUACCUUGAUGAUCCUCCCCGUGCUCCUCCUCCUACGUUAAUUGAUUGGGAUGCUCAGACUGAAGAAAGUGGAAUGAAAACAUCAGUGCCAGUUGACAUGUUCGCAAAGCAUGUAGCAGAGCUUCAUGCUGAUAGUGACAUUGGUUUCAGCAAGGAGUAUGAUGAGAUUCAAUUAUCCCGUCUUCAAGAAGAUUUUAGCACUGAAAUUUCUCAGAGUGAGGACAACAAAGCUAAAAAUCGUUACUUGAAUAUUUUGGCUUAUGACCACAGCAGAGUUCAACUAUUGCCUAUACCAAGUCAAAAGAAAUCAUUUGAUUAUAUCAAUGCAAACUAUAUUGAUGGAUAUCACAGGGCUCAGGCAUUCAUUGGGACUCAAGGCCCUCUACCAACAACGUUUGAAUGUUUCUGGCGUAUGAUUUGGGAACAGAGAGUUGCUGUUAUUGUCAUGAUAACAAAUUUGGUUGAACGAGGUCGUAGGAAAUGUGAUAUGUACUGGCCUGGAGAAGGAACUGAGACAUAUGGUAUGAUAACUUGUAAGGUAAUCAAAGAGGAUAUAAUGGCUACCUACACUGUCAGGACUAUGAUAAUUCGGCAUCUUAAAGUAAAGAAGAAGAAGCACAACUCGGCAGAGAGAAUUGUUUACCAAUACCACUAUACCAAUUGGCCUGACCAUGGGACUCCCGACCAUCCCUUACCUGUUCUUAAUUUUGUCAAGAAGUCAUCCGCUGCUAAUCCAUCAGAUGCGGGGCCCAUUGUUGUGCAUUGUAGUGCAGGUGUUGGUCGCACUGGUACUUACAUUGUCCUUGAUGCAAUGCUUCGUCAGAUCCGGAGUAAAGGUGAUGUGAACAUUGCUGGGUAUCUACGCCACAUUCGUUCUCAACGCAAUUUCCUUGUACAAACUGAAGAGCAAUAUAUAUUUAUUCAUGAUGCUUUACUGGAAGCUAUUGAAAGUGGAGAAACAAAUAUAAACCAAGCAUAUAUGUCGAGAUAUCUGUUAAGUCUUCAAGCAUCUGGUGAUGGAGGGGAAUCUGGCAAUGAAAAAAGAGAGACACUCCUUGAAACUCAGUUCAAAUCUGUUACAAGCUUCCAGCCAAAGGACUUCAACUUAGUUUCUGCAAGUAAACCUAUUAAUCAACCUAAGAAUAGGUCUCAAGAUUUGGUACCUGUUGAGAAUGCUCGUGUUCAUUUGACCCCUAAACCAGGUGUUGACGGUAGUGACUAUAUUAAUGCCAGCUGGCUCCCAGGAUUUAACAAACUGAAGGAAUUUAUAAUCACUCAGCAUCCGCUUGAGUCAACCAUUCAAGACUUCUGGCAGAUGGUGUGGGAUCACAAUGCACAAACAAUAGUAACUUUGUCAAACUGCAAUCUUGAUGAAGGCUAUGGUCCAUUUUGGCCUACCUCAGAUGCUGAAUUAGAUGCUGAAAAUUAUAAAGUUAAAUUCAUAUCAGAAAGUGAACAUGUGGGCUAUCAAACUCGGGAUUUUAUUGUUCAAUCUUUACAAGAUGACUAUGAGCUUCCAGUUCGUAUAAUUCAAUGCCCAGAGUGGCCUCAUAACUGCAUCCCUUUGUCAUCCAUGGCAGAGCUGCUGCGAAUCGUACAAGAGUGGCAUUUGGAUUAUCAAAAUGGACCAAUCAUUGUGAUGGAUCGGUUUGGAGGCACAGAAGCUGCUAUCUUCUGUUGCUUAACAACUUUAACCAAACAACUCGAAUAUGAAAACCAUGCUGAUGUAUAUAUGUAUGCAAAGCUGUACCAUAAUAAGCACCCAGGAAUAUGGAAAUCUCAAGAAGAUUUUUUGCUUCUUUACCGAGCACUUGAAGCCAUGUAUGGCAGUUCCAAUCAUUCAAGUGCCGCAAGUGCUGCAGGUUCGGGAUCAGGAGUGCCAGCUGGCUCUGUAGGAUCAACUGUGGCAUCAGUUCCAGGAUCAGGGGCAGCAUCACCUGUGACGCCAGCUACUGAAACUCACAUCACUGUUACUGAUAACCACAUUAUUUCUUCAAACUGCCAAGCCAAUGGUUAUGUAAUGGGCAAUGGUAAUGGUACAGCUUCUCUAAUUGCUCAGGAAGAACCUGAGCCUGAGUCAGAUGUAAUUAGUGCACCAGGGGGGAGCCCAGCUUGAAUGUAGAAAGACCAUUCUGCAAAUGCCAAAGAUAGUUACAUAUUGUCAGUGUUAAUUAAUGUAGAUAAUAGCAUUCCAAAUUCAUGUGCAUGGUAUACAUUUAUUUAUUUGUAUAUCUUUACUCAAAAUAAUUUAUAAAAUAUUGAGGACAUUUAAAUAGCAUUAUACUAAGUUUAUGUAAUUUCCUUACUUUAUAUCUGUGAUUUCAUUUUAAUGGAUCUUAUGGUAUUCUUUUUUCAAUCAUAGUUAUUUACAUUGUUUUGGUACUCAUUUUUUUAAAAACAAAGUGUUGGCAUGAGCAAAGCUGCUCAUCAGUUGUUGUAAGGCUACUACUUUGUAAUGUUAGUAGCUGCAUUCCUUUACCAACAUGUUCAUCUUGCUCUGCUUGCAUUUAUAUAACACACUUCUUAUUCUGGUAAUCAGAAUAAUGUAAGUACCUGCAGUUUUUCCACUGGCAGUUCUGUCAUUUUAUAUUUUUACUGUGUACUUUAAACUUACCAGUGCGUUUAUAUAAAUAUACUCAUAAUGGCUUUAAUUUUAUGAGACUAUUGUGUGUUGUGUGACAAAGUUUUCAGUAUACCCAAGAUACACUGUUAAAAUUGUUUCUAGUCAAACUGAAUUGCAGCGACUGAACAAGACAGACUACUUGAUUGUAGAAGUAGAGCUAUAAAUGCAUAUAAUUGUUUUGUGUUUGAAUGUUUCCAAGUGCCAACGUAAUUUUGUUUAGGUAUUCUACAUUUUUUUUUUAUGGAGCUGCAAAGUUGUAUGCCAAUAUUCUAGAACUGCAAGAAUGUAUAUCAUACUGGUGAAACUGGAAAUAAUGACUAGUUCCAUUAGUUUUCUUUACUCAAGAGGUUGAUAAGGAUAAUAUUCGAGGACCGUCACAGCAGUCUCAUCUUUCUGCCUUCUGUACAAUCCUUAUGCAUUGUUUUUAUUGAAAUAUCUUCCGGUAAGUGUAACACCUAACACAUAGGCUGUGGCAUAAUCUUUUUGUGGUCACGUGACAUAAUAUUUAUAAUUCUUCAGCAGUACAUACACCCCAAAGUGUUCUUGGAAUGAAGUGACUUUUUCUGUUAUGUUUAUUGUGGAAUAUGUUUAGUUGAAAAUAACUGAUAAAGUAAAAGGUGAAACUUGCAGACCACAUCUGUCAAAAGCGUAAAUGUAGCAUAACUUAUCCUGCAGAGGGAUUUUUGGUUAAAUUCUCUUGUUUUGUUUUUUCAUAUUAAAUGAAAACAAUGACUAGUAUCAUGAUUUAUUUUCUCUCAGGCGUAGUUUUUAGCCAUAAAGCAUUGAGGUGCACUUUUUUGAAUGUGUCAUAAAUUUGUCAUUUUGAAUUUGCUCAACUGUUAUAUGAUGCUUAGUUUCCUUUCAUUUUGGUAUUUAAGUACCAUAUUCAAAUUGCAAUACUCACAAUCCUCCAAUCUGUUUCAUUAAACUAUUGUCAUGCUUUGUACUAUAAUGGUGGAUUUAGUCUCGUGAUGCAAAAUUCCUCGCCAUGAGGUGCCUCAGGUGAUGCAGAUGGGCUAGCCAAUCUUCGUGCUCAUAAUGUCUGAAGAGAACUGCUUCAGCGGAGGCGAUUUAUUGUGAAGCGCCUCACGAAACAAGAUUAAAUCCACCAUAAGUAUUGCAGUAAGAAAACAUUCCAUUGCUUUGUAGGUAUAUUCAGGAAUUGUGCAUUAUUAUUUUGAUUCUGAAUCAUGGGCUUCUCUUCUUCCUAAUUGUGUUUUGUGGCCUUAAAAUAGUAUAACUUUUCUUGAUUUAAUGUUCCAUUCCAUUUGCAUUUGUCCCUCACAUCUAUUUUUACGAACAGAAGCAUAUAUGUCUUUGAAACUUUGUUAGGGAAAAACUUCUAUGUGCCAUGCCAUGGUUGAACUGCCAAACAGUUUAAAAAAGGCAUUUUGAUCUCCACUUUUGUAUCAUAUUGGUUGACAUAAUUCUCACUUGCUUUCAGUAAAUGGACAAAGAACUGGUUGCUUUAUCUUUAUAAGAGGUGUAUCUGGAUGAUCCUAUCCUGAGGCCUGGUUUAGUAAUGACAAUCACAUCCCUCUCUCUAACCCUUAUACAGGCUUUAAAAUGGUUAACUGUUGUUCAGUUUGAGAGCACCUCUAAAUAGAGGUACGAUCAUUCAUUGCAAAUGUAUAUUCGUCUACCUGUGCAUUCAACAUGUUUUCCUGUAAGUGUUUGUUGGGACAAGGCACAACUGGAAUUUGCUUGCAAUCAAAAAAUCACAUGGAACUUUCAAAUCUCUAAGACUUAUUAAGUUAAACAAGCUAAACUUUUCUCUACUAUACAAAUUUGUUUAUGUUCACACUGUGUAUCCUUUUGGUUUCUUUCCUCUCCAUUUCAUCAAAGCGUAAUAUCCCCUCUUCUCAGAAAGGGGAAAACAGAAGCUGCUAAGAUCUUUUGGAAGGUUUUUCUUUGGCAUUCAUAUUACACAAAUUUUUUACUAGUAGUGAGGUUCUUAUAUUGACUGUUUAUGUAAUGGACCUAUUUAUUAACUUCAAGACUUAGCAAGCUGGGAAAGGAGUUUUUUUUAACCAUUUUUUUAACUUCCCUCUUGCUUCAGUACUGAUGCAGCAAAUGUUUUUGAACAAACCAAGGCAUAACAUGUUUUAUCUGGCUUGGGAGCUCAACAUUAAAUGAUAUUGUGGAUCUGUAGGGUAAGGGGUGAUGCAGUGUUCUGGAAACAUGAGAUAAGAAGGGCUUCUGUAGGAAUUUUUUUCUGUUAACCAACUGUUGUUAACAACUGUUAACCAUACUCUCACAAAAUGUUCAUUUGAUUUUACAGUUUAUAUAAAAUAACCCUGUAGUGGACUUUAUAUUUGUUAUUGAAAUUUUUUAGUUUGCCGUAGUUUGUGUUUUACCUAUGUGACUAAAUUUCAUCAAAGAUUGAUUCUAGCUCUCAGUGUGGAGGGAAAUUCUCUUUAUUUCGUAUUUUUGUUUACAAAAACUAAUUAGUGCAUUGUUUUUCUAAGAUUUGCUCUCAAGUGUGUUUGCAAUUCAUUUUAAAGAUACGAGCAGCUUGUCAAGUCUGAUUACUAUAAGUAAAAUCCAAGCUAAUGACUGCAAUGCCAAAUUGUGUGUUUGUAUAGAAUUGAUACUCAUGAGUAGGCUUUUUGUUGACUUCAACAUCUGUUCAAAAUUUUGUCUAAUGUAAAUACCUUUUUAUAUUGUAACAUGUAGAUUGUGAAGUAUUAUAGUUAGAUUGGUGUUAUUUAAUAUUUAUUUAGUUUGAAAAACUAGUACAAUUUCUGUUUCUUAUUUUUAAUAUUUCCUUGUCAGUUUUAUUGGAAAUAUUUAACCAAAUGAGCAAUAGAUUCAUAAUUAACAGUUUAAUAGCAGAUGGUGAAAUGCCAGUACUCAACACAUCAAGCGCAUUAUAUUGACUAUGGACAUAGAUUUUCCCUGAUUAGUUUUUCAUUAGAUUAUUCGUAUUACAAUAAAGUUGAGUCCCUGUUUUUACUUGUUGUUUUUAAAUCCAAUAUCAGCUUGAUGUCCUUUGUGUCAGGUCUGUAGUUGUUUAGGGCCCCUGGUGGGCCUUUACCCCCGACAAUCUGUGAACUUCACAGUGUGUGCCAUUUCGGCACUCCUAGUUAAACACCACUCAACCACUAGAAAUUAGCAACAAUAUAUUAUUGUUACAACAAAUGCAAUGUAGAACCAAAAUUUAGAAAGAGGCCAUUUGUCAAUUAUGCAAAAGUAUGAUUUGAAAGUUAUAGGAAAGAAGAGUUUGGGAGAAUCAAUUUAUUGUAUAUUAUAUGUUGUAUAGUUUUGGUCUUGUUACACCACUGUCCAUUACUUCUCAAGGAGCACAGUCAUGUGGACUCAUGCCAUAUUGCAUUUUAAUAUUACUUGGCACUUAAAUUUACAGAAUAUGGCAUUAAAAUGUCCAUGCACAGUUUCCUUUUCAAUAUUCUAUUUGAGCAAACAAAAUGUACGGUAUAUGUAUGUGUAGCAAACUAAGAACUCCUGAAUGCUUUGCACUUGAAAGAAAAAAUGUUAUCUGCUCAGCUAAAAAUUGUUUCUCUUACUGUUUUCUGCAAAAUUUCAGAGCUUAAUUACAUUGGAAAAAAGAAUUGGA